CAAAGAAAGUAUCCUGAUCAAGCGAGCGAGGAAAAAGGACAGGACAAGUAACAUAUAAAGCUGAAUAUCGAGCAGUAUAGAACGAAAAGCGAAAACAAGAAAUAGAAGGACCUCGAUUUAUUUUCCCGAUUUUGAUAAGAGUGAUUCUGACGAUGAGCGAUCCAAAGGAGUACGCGACUCGGCUGUCGGCGUUGCUGGGCCGAGUACAAGCGAUUAAGCGGGAAAGUCGCAGUGGAGCUCCACUCUCCCGGAUUUUAGCCAAGGAAAUCGUUGGCGAACUUCGGUCCACUGUAGAACGUUUACGGGCAACUACACGGGACGAAGGAUACGAAAAAUUCACGCGCAAGAUCAUCGAAGAUUGGGAUAUGAUUAUCCGGAGAGAAGAAGCUACAGAUAGGGUUCUUUCGUCGGAACUGGAGCUUCUACGUCUGACGCAAGCCUUGGAUGAGCCAGAAGUGAUUUCUGAUCCCGUCACACGUUCCCCAGAAGAAUCUGAGGUUACUCCCGUUGCAACCGUUGCCAUGAUCGAAAAGGAGCCGGAAAUAGUUCCGAUGUCCGCCGAAUUCGAGCCGGAGCCUGAUUUCUGUGAGGAAGCUACAAUGAUGGUUGACUCAGAAAAGACGGAAUUGUUCGAACGCCAGGAAGACGGUGUGCAACAGCUGGGGAAAAAUCAAGUACCUCCGCGCACUCAAGAGAUUACGGGGAUGUAUCGUAGAGGCUAUUGGAACUGUGGGGACCCAGGGCACAAACGUUCAGUUUGUCCUGAACCAAAAAAUCAGGAAAUCUACUGUUACGAUUGUGGUUAUCGUGGGGUCACCAUGAAAACGUGCCCAUAUUGUAGAGCAGCUUGGCUGAUUGAAGGUGGACCGCUUGCUCCUACUCGCUACCCAAAAUUUUCUUUUUAGUAAAUAUAAGCCACCGACGAUUUUGGA